AUGGUGCCGGGGUUGAAGGCCGGGCUCGGCGGCCUGCUCUCUCUGCUGCUCCUGACGCCCGCAGACGCAUUCUACAUACCAGGAUGGUCCAUCAAGAGCUACAAGGAAGGUAGCCAAUUGCCGCUGCUGGUCAACAAGGUGUACUCGGACAACACGCAACUCCAGUAUGCCUACUACAAUCUCCCAUUCGUUUGUCCCCCGACGGGCAAGUCCCGGGCUGGCGGCGGCCUGCUUAGCGGGCAGAGCAUCCCCUUGAACCUCGGCGAAGUCCUCCGUGGCGACCGCAUUAUGGCGUCGGAUAUGGAACUGGAGAUGGGAAAAGAUAAGCCGUGUAACUUUCUUUGCAACAGGGACAUCUCACGCAGCGAUCUGCGGCGCGCCAAGGAGAUGGUUCGUGACGGCUACGUCACCGAGUGGAUUGUCGACAACCUGCCCGGUGCGACGAGCUUCGUGACGAGCGACAAGACUAAGAAGUACUACGCGGCUGGAUUCAAGCUCGGAUACACGGAACUCUCGCCUACCACCGGCAAAGCUAGAUACUUUUUGCACAACCACCACACCAUCGUGAUCCGAUAUCGCAAAGCACCCGGCAAGGCAGGCGAAAGGGGCGAGAGGCUCGUCGUCGGCUUCGAGGUCUACCCUAAGAGCGUUGGCCGCGACAACCGCAGGGACGGCUCGGGGUGCCCCAUGGACUUGCAACACGUCUCUGGCGGGUUCGAGCUUUACAUGGCAGCCAACAAGACGAGCGAUCUCGCGGCCCGAUACCCCGACUCGUCGUACUACCCAGACGCCUUGGAAGACGACGAGGGCGAGGGCGGCUCGCUCACGAUCCCUUACACGUACUCGGUCUACUUCCGCGAAGACGAAGGCAUUGAAUGGUCUCACCGGUGGGACCUGUACUUUGUGAAUCAAGAGGAGGGUUCGCGCAUUCACUGGCUGGCCAUUGUCAACUCGCUCAUCAUUUGCGGGCUGCUCACGGGCAUCGUCAUGAUCAUCCUGGCUAAGACCAUCCGCACGGAUAUCAAGGCCUACAAGGACGCCGCCGUCGAGGACGGCAAGCUGAGGCGGAAGAAGCCCCGGUCCGGCGCGCGCUCGCCCAAGGAAAAGGUGCCUGGCCUUCUCGACCAGGGGACAGAUGUUGACAAUGAUGCCGACGUGUCCGACGAAGACGAGGCACUCGAGGAUGUGACGGGCUGGAAGUUGCUUCACGCCGACGUGUUCCGCAAGCCGAGCUGUGGAAACCUCUUGGCACCUCUCGUGGGUUCGGGAAUGCAGUUGCUAUUCAUGGCAAUCGGUCUGGUGUCGCUGAGCGCCCUGGGUAUCCUUAACCCGAGCUUCCGGGGUGGCUUCAUCAGCGUGGGCGUUGGCCUGUUCAUCUUCGCGGGCGUCUUCUCCGGGUACUUCUCUGCGCGGGUGUUCAAGAGCUUCGAUGGCAAGAACUACAGGGGCAACGCGCUGGUGACGGCGCUGCUCUUCCCUGGGUUGACGUUUGGGCUCGUCUUCAUCCUCAAUCUUUUCGUGUGGGCGCAGGCGUCGAGCACGGCGAUUCCGUUCGGGACGCUGAUGUCGAUUCUGCUGCUGUGGUUGUGCGUGCAGGUGCCGCUCGUGCUGGCUGGCUCGUACUAUGGGUACGUCAAAGCCGGCGCUUGGGAGCAUCCGACGCGGACGGCGUCGGUGGCGCGGCAGAUCCCGAACCAGGCGUGGUACAUCAAGUCACUGCAGUCGAUCCUGCUGGCAGGCCUGAUCCCGUUCGCCGUCAUCUUCAUCGAGCUUCUGUUCGUGUUCCAGUCCGUGUGGCAGGACAAGAGCGGCUACUACUACGUCUUUGGAUUCCUGGCGAUGGUGUCCGUCAUCUUGGUGGUAACGAUUGCCGAGGUGACGGUGGUUACGAUUUACAUCCAGCUCUGCUCAGAGAACUACCACUGGUGGUGGCAGUCGUUUCUGGUCGGUGGCGGCAGCGCGGUGUGGGUGUUUGGGUACUGCAUAUGGUACUAUACGUUCAAGCUGCACAUAAGCGGGUUCGUGAGCAGCCUGCUCUUCUUCACGUACAGCUUCAUGGCCUGCUGCGUGUACGGACUGUUGACCGGGACGGUGGGAUUCCUGAGCGCGUACGCAUUCGUGCGGCGGAUAUACGGGGCAAUCAAGGUGGACUAA